AGCAGAGGAGAGACGGGCAGGAGCGGCCCGGGGGGCGGCAGGGAGGCGAGCCAGGCAGUCCGCAGCCCGACGGCCGAGUACCUCCUUUCUCCGCUGCUGGGAUGUCCGAAAAGAAAGAGCUGGAUCUCGGAAGAUGAUUUCUACAGACCUUCUCCGGGAGAGAGCGGUGAGAACACGGCCGAAACCAAUGGCUUUGGGCCGGAGGGGGCUGGCGAGGGUCCGGCCCCAGGGCUCAUUAGCGCUCUGGACUUGGAAAGGCUGUCGGUGCCCUCCUCGGAGAGCGGGAAGCCCAAAACGUCACCCGAACGGGAGCGAAAGGGCUUCAGCGUCGUGCAUCGCAGGCAGAUGGGUCUUUCCAACCCUUUCCGAGGGCUCCUGAAGCUGGGCAGCCUGGAGCGGAGAGGAGCCAUGGGGAUAUGGAAGGAGUUUUCCUGCGAGCUGUCGCCGCUGGAGCUCCGGCUCCUCCUGGACCACGAGGACCGCAUCUGCGUCGAGAGCUAUUCCCUGCUGCGGUGCGAGGCGCUGGCGCUGACGCACUCGGACGGCCGUUUUGAGCUGGUUUUCCUGGGGAAAAAACUCUACCUACGAGCUCCUUCGCGAGACGAGGCCGAGGACUGGUUGGACAGGAUCCGCGAGGCGCUGCAGAAGUGCCGGCCUCAGCUGGAGGAGGAGGAGGAGUGGGAGACGCUGGAGUAUCCCGAAGACGGUGCUGAAGGCCAGCCCAUCCAGAGCGACUCCUCUGCUCUUCUCCAGUACAGCGACGUGCCUGGGAACAGCUUUGACUGGACUCCAUCCCACGACCCGGAGCUGGAUGCAAUAAAAGAGGCUGUUCUGUACAUGGACGUAGACAAAACCUGGGUCCCUUUUAUUUUUUCCCUGUCUCUAGAAACUUUGAAGUGCUUUAAAGUCAGGAGCAACGACAAAAUUUUAAGCAACAGUUACGGUAUAGAGACCAUCCAGGACAUCCUUCCAGACACGAGCCUUGGGGGACCCGCCUUCUUCAAGGUGAUCACCUCCAAAGCUGUCCUGAAGCUGCAGGCUGAGAACGCGGAAGAAGCGGCCUCAUGGCGGGAGCUGGUCCGAGAGGUGCUCAUGUCCUACCUGGAGAGCGCGGAGGAGGCGCUGACGCUGGCUGGCAGCUUGGACGGGCACUCCCAGGUCGUCCUGAAGAACAUCGUGAAGGAAAACGGCUUCUUGUUGCAAUACCUGGUGGCCAUCCCCACGGAGAAGGGCCUGGACUCGCAGAGUUUCAUCUGUGCAGGCUGCUCCAGGCAGAUCGGCUUCUCCUUCGCGAAGCCCAAGCUCUGCGCCUUCUCCGGUCUCUACUACUGCGACAGCUGCCACCGGGAUGAUGAGACGGUGAUUCCCUCACGCCUCAUCCACAACUGGGACCUGACGAAACGAGGGGUUUGCCGGCAGGCUUUGAAGUUCCUCACCCAGAUCCGUAACCAGCCGCUGAUCGACCUGAAGCUGGUCAACGAGAGCCUCUACGACCACGUGGAGAGGAUGGGACGGAUCCACCGGAGCAGGGAACAGCUGAAACUGCUGGGAGAUUAUCUCAUCAUGUGCCGCAGCGGGGCCCUGAAGGAGCUGAGCAAGCGGCUUGAUCACAGGCAUUACCUCUUGGAGUGUCCCCACAAAUACAGCGUCGCUGAUCUGAGGCAGAUAGCCGACGGCGUCUUUGAGACCUUCCUGCAGUCUCUGCUCCAGUUUGCUUCCCAUCACGUCUACAGCUGCGACCUGUGCACCCAGCGCGGCUUCAUCUGCCAGAUCUGCAACAGCAGCGACAUCAUUUUUCCCUUCGAGUUUGACUCUACCACCAGGUGCAGCGAAUGCAAAACCGUCUUCCACCGGGACUGCCAGGCCAGCGCCAAGUCGUGCCCCCGCUGCGAGCGCCGGCAGCGGUACCAGCAGCAGCUGGAGGCGGAA